AUGUUCGCAAAUGAUACAAGUAUUAGUUAUGCGUCCGACUCGGCCAAAGAGCUCCAAAAUGUCAUUAACACCGAAUUGAAAGGUGUAAGCGAUUGGCUAACCACUAAUAAACUAAGCUUAAAUAUUGUAAAAACAGAAUUCAUGGUAGUUGGAUCUAGACGGAGAAUAAAAACAGUAAAUAAUGAAAUAGAUAUUGAGAUAAACGGUAAUAUGGUAAACCAAGUUACUUCGGUAAAUUCUCUGGGUGUCCAUCUUGAUAAUCACCUUAUGUGGUCUGAGCAUACUGAUAAACUAAGUAAAAAAAUUGCUUCAGCCAUAGGAGCUUUAAAACGU